UCGCAUUGUACUCGGCACUUUUCGGCAAAACACUCACACUUUUUCAGAGCACAGAACACACACUUUUGCUUCCCUCAAAAACCAAGAGCCCAACCAAUAGACCAAUGAAUUUUCGCUGGCCCAAAACUGUCGUUGAGGCGAUCAACAAUGAAAUAACAAAUGGGAACUCCCCCGUGGACACAACGCAGGAGAACCAGUUGCUUACUUAUAUAAUCUAGCGUAAGCGAUCCUUGAGAUAAGUGGGUUUCCCCCAGAUCUUGAGGCAAUGGCUUCGUGUCGGGCCCCCGCACAGCCCCGGCAACAGCAGCCACAGCAGCCGGCGUGUCCGCCCAUGUCCCUGCCCGUCUCGUAUCCCUACAUGGACGCGCAGCAGCUGCAGCAGUUCUACAUCGCCCAGAUGCUGCAGCCGCAGCCCCCCCUCGGGCCCAACGUGUACGUCCAGCCCUGGUACAUGUGCCAGCCGCCGUCGUGCCAGAACUACGGCUACUGCUACGGCAUGCAGAUGCCACCCAGUGCCAUGCUGCCACAGGACUGUAGUUGCCCCUCAAACACACCAUCCAUUCAGUCCACAGGAUCGGAAAACAGCACGGGGAGUUGCUGCAGACCCACCACCAGCACAAGAUGCGUGCCCCAGGAUCGCAAGCGAUCUCCUGCCGGUGGCAGGACCUACCAGCAGUGCAAUGUGCCGCUUCCGGAGACCGCCUGCGGUUGGUGUGGCAGCCUCGACAGCUUCGAGUCGGAUGGCAGCGCCCUGUUGGAGGCUCAACGCUAUGCGGCAUGCAGCAUCUGUCCAGCGCCCAAGCUAAAAGAGAUUCAGAGAAGACAGCAGCAGGAAGAAGUAUCCCAAAACGAUUCAGAAAUGGAGCAAAACCUCGCUUCAAAGAAGGAGCACAAGAUUGCUGCAAAAAAGUUCCACAGAAUCGAUUCGGAGAAUGGGUCACAGAAUGGGUCAAAGAUCGAUUCCGAGAAUGAGGAGGAAGUAAUCGAUUCAGAGAACCAUUCAAGAAAAGCUUCUAAGAAGGAGCAAAGGAAAGAUCUAAAGAGGGCUCAAAGGCACUUUUCCAAGGAGGAAAGGGGCUCUUCCAAGGAAGAAAGGGACUCUUCCAAGGAAGAAAGGCACUCUUCCAAGGAAGAAAGGGACUCUUCCAAGGAAGAAAGGGGCUCUUCCAAGGAAAAAAGACACUCUUCCAAGGAAGAAAGGCACUCUUCCAAGGAAGAAAAGUGCUCUGCCAAGAAACACCACAAAGAGGCCAUCAAACCCGCGAAACCUGCGAAACCCGCCACACUCAAGGAGGACAUCGACAGCGCGCUGGGCAGCUCCGCCAGUAGCUUCAUCAAACGCUUGGGCGUGCUCAUGCGCCAUCGCUCCACCCGGAGCUCCGUGAAGCGAAAGCAAGCCAAGGCCCCACCAACUCCGUGCCUCACUCCGGCCUGCUCGAACACCAGUUCGGAGUCCCUGCGGCAGCCACCCAUGAAGUCCAGCUUCUUGAGCCGUUUGUUCGGCGAAGUGCGCGACAAUGAUAUGGCCUUCUAUGCGCAAAAAUCCAGAUGCAACAUACAGCCCCAACCAAGUCUGCAUUCGGAUAGUCUGGAGCAGCUGGCGGCCUUCAAGAAGCUGCGAAAGAAGCAACGGCUUUCAGCCAAGGGUCCCUAUGAAAUAUAAACCAUACCCUGAACACCAAUAGGCAGAUUUUCAAGUGUAUUUCAAAUUUCAGGCAAUAAAAUUAACCGAAGCGAGCAA